AAAAAAAAAAAGAAAAAAAAAAGUCCGACUUUCUCUAGAAUCCUUGACCACGGAGUACUGUUAGAUAAUUCCCUCUUUCAACCUGGAAGUCUCCCUGCCACUCUUUGAGUGUAUUGUUGUUGAAUUUACCCUCCCACACUCUUCCGCACAGCACAAAUGGGCCUGGCGGCACCUCGCAAAAGAACAAAAAUCUCUCACGACCCUAACAAUACAAACUGGGCGCGAUCAACGAGCGGUUUCGGACACAAGAUCCUCAGCGCGCAGGGAUGGACUCCAGGCAGUUUCCUAGGCGCACACAAUGCCGCACAUGCUGAUAUGUUCACGGCUGCAAGUGCAUCCCAUAUAAGAGUUGCAUUGAAGGAUGAUACACUUGGACUUGGGGCUCGGCCGAAACGUGAUCUUCUCGACGAGCCUACCGGCUUGGACGCCUUUAGAGGGCUGCUGGGCCGAUUGAACGGCAAAUCAGAUACCGACAUUGCGGCUGAUCAGCGCAAGGUCGAUGAUGCCAAACUAGCUCGGUAUGUUUCUACAAGAUGGCAGACCAUCCAAUUCAUCAGUGGUGGCUUGCUGGCACAGGAAAAGGAGGAUUCGCUGCCUGCGCGUGAGAUUCGGAGUAGCCCCGGGGCCGAUAUGACAGACACGGGCGCGCAAACUUCCCUGAGCAACAAGGAUCCCGAUCUUGAAAACAGCCAUCUGAAACGAGCCGAGAAAAAGAGCAAGCAGGGGGAUAAGAAGGAUAAGAAGAAUAAGAAAGAUAAGAAAGAUAAAAAAGAUAAAAAAGAUAAGAGGGAUAAGAGGGAAAAAAAGGAAAAGAAACGAAAGCGAAAGGAGAACGAUGGAGAGACUGAUUCUGCCAAUCAUGACCAAGACGUACCGGAGUCAGAGUCAGAGUCACAGAGUGCUACCAGCGAUGGUAGACCAAAACCACCGCUAGCGGCUAUGCCGUCAAGGGAGCGCCGGCCCUUGGGGAGACAGAUGCUCCGAGGUCGACAUAUCGCACAGAAGAAGAAAGCCCUGUUGGAUGAUAAGUCUCUGAACGAGAUAUUCAUGGUAAAAUCGUAACCACCUCGCGUACAUACAUCCAUAUACAUACCUACUUUACAUAGAGCAUCGUGCUGAAAACGUCUUUAAUUACC